AUGGAUAUCGUUGCGCUUAAAGGCAUACUUCUGGCAGUAAUGUCAGCUAUAACUAUAAUAUUUGGUUUAAUACCGAUGAAGGUUAUGAAAACUCUUUCCGGAAAAACAGGAGCGUUCGAGCAGAGAGCUUCGUUUAUCGUGUCGCUUCUUUCAUGUUUCGCCGGUGGAGUGUUUUUGGGUGUCUGUUUUCUGGAUCUACUGCCGGAUGCGAUGGAAUCGUUUGAAGGUUGGAAGGAAAGUGCUGGUUUUAAAAGUGACUACCCUUUCGUGCCAUUAAUGUUCAUGAUUGGAUUCUAUGCAGUUAGUAUCCUAGAAGAGAUUAUUGGCCGAUUUUGUGGUCAUGAAAAAGAGCGGGAUCAACGACGAAAACAUGCGGCUACUUUCGUGUCAACUACAUCAAGCAUUGAAGAUGGUUGUCUUGAAACGGAAUCGAUUAAUUCAAAAGUGGCCAUUGUGAAGUCGUUGACGUUUGUUCUAGCGCUAAUGUUCCACGCCAGUUUGGAGGGUUUUGCUUUUGGAGUUCAGCAAUCAACAAUCUCCGUGGCAUCGUUGUUCUUCGGGAUUAUCGUGCACAAGGCUGUUGUGUCUUUUUCGGUCGGAAUGCGUCUGGCCGAAGCACAUCCUCAUCGACCUGCGGUAGUUGUGGCACUUGUAGCUCUGGUGGCGCUAGUUACACCUCUUGGUGGUGUAAUUGGAAUACUUAUAGAGAAUUCCAAUAUGGAUCUGUUAACAAAAGAUGCUGUCACUUGUGUUUUAGUGAGUCUAGCGCUAGGAACAUUCAUCUACAUCACUUUCUAUGAGAUUUUGGUCCCAGAAUACGCUAAGAACCACAACAAGUUCUUCCAAUGGUUAUCGUCCGUAAUUGGAUUCGCUAUAAUUGCUGGAAUGAUGGUUUUUGAAUCAUAG